GCCAGUCGGAUCGGGCUUAUGAGUCGGCAUCUGUACUUGUGUAUAGUACCAUCCAUAGCUGUUCAGAAGUACUGUACUGUAGUCGCAUCUGAUUAAACCUGAUUAUAUCAUUCCCCCUGUGCUCUGUACUUGUAACAUGGCGUUAUUCAAGGGAUUCCAGUCUCAUCCGGUGUCUGCAAUUGUAGUAGUAAUAAUACUCUGUAGAAUCUUCGUUGGUGUACUCUGUAUCUCCGCUCGGAAUCGCCUCCACCGCUCCACUACCAUAGUUCCUAUUACUCUUGCUUUCUCUUUUCUCUUAUAUCUGACACUUUUUGCACUGCCAUGACUGGUCAGAUGCCAUUCGAACUUCUCCUGUCGCGCCAAAAUGCGGUGGAU